GUUCAUGGUUACAGAUGACGAAGAAGAACAGAAGCAGAGACUGGACGUGUCAUAUCACCAAGGUUGUCGACUCGCGGGUCGACUCUGGUUGGUCCGGACCCGUCCUAAAAAACGGGCCAUAGUAACCCUUUCGACUGUCAGCUCGGAACUAGUCAAACCCAGCAAAACUCAGGCGGUUAGCUCGUUAGAGCAGGUCAGUGGGUCUCCCGUUCCUGCAGCCGCUCUGUCGCCUGCUACCGAAGCCGGUCAAUUGCAUCGCCGGGUCAGGGUGUUCUCCCUUCAUCGGCGGCAUGGUGCAGGUCGCCGGAGAGUCUUCUCUCUUUAGCCUUCACAGCUCGGCCGCCGUCUCCCUCUAUUCCACCGAUUGGUCUCCUUCGCCUGGAGCUCGACCUUCCUCUGGCAGCUCGGUCUUCCAUUUCCAGUUGGCAGCACAGCCUUGCAGCCUUCUCCUUUCUGAUCGACGCUUCCUCCUCUGUUUGACGUUCAAACUCGAUUGAUAUUUGGCAAGGGUUUGUUGGAUUUGGGACUUGGUUCCAAUAAAUGUAAAUGGAAGAAGUUUAAUUGUUGGAUUUGGGACUCGCGUCCUCCCUCUGCAGGACUCGAUUGUUUGAUGUUUUAGAUGUUAGGAAGAAGUUUAAUUGUUACUUUGUUAGUAAUCCUUUGUAAUUUUGGAUUGCUUAAUUUUCGGGGCUAAAUUGGGUUAAACCGGGUAACCAUUAACCCUUGAGGUCUUGACCUACUAGGUCGACCGGAUCCGGGACAACCCGCUGGUUGACAACCUUGUAUAUUACCAAUUAAUAUUGAGUAACAUAAUAUUAAACAAAGAAACUACAACUCAUUAAUUAGAAUGACCCCACUGUUAACCAAAAAACCAACCCAAACACAAAUCCCUUUCUUUCCUCUGGUCUUUCAAGCUUCAACCCGCAAAUCAGGUUCAACCUUCAUAUUACAACAAAUCUAUAGUUUAACCGUAUUUCGUUUUUGUUUAACAUUAUUGGAGAUAGUCCAUCUUUUAAUUUUUGUUUUUUUUUCUCUAAAAUUUUCAAGGUCAAAGCCCACUUAUUCUGCCACUUAGUCAAAACUUAAUAGCAUGACUAACGAAAGAGAUACGUAGUAACACAAUUGUUAUAUAGAAAAGUGUAGAACACAAAUGCUAAUUUUGUGAGAAGUCGAUAUUAAUAGUGUUUGUGCCUGGAUCAUACCAGGCGGUUUUGUGAGGUUUCACGGGUCUUGUGCGACCUUCGAUGGUCGAGGGCAGUCUUCGGAACCCUGCAAGAAAGGUCCUCAGGAUAAUCCUGGGACCUCCUCUGAUGUCAAAGUUAGAGAGAGAAGUGAAUGAGUUGUAAAUAAGAGAGAGAGUGGAGUAGGUUGAAGUUACCAUAAAUGUAAUCCAUCAGUGGGUAUUUAUACUAGCUGUGGUCCUCUGAUGUCAAAGUUAGAGAGAGAAGUGAAUGAGUUGUACAUAAGAGAGAGAGUGGAGUAGGUUGAAGUUACCAUAAAUGUAGCCCAUCAGUGGGUAUUUAUACUAGCUGUGGUUGGAUUGGGGGGCAUUUAAUGGCCCGUCGGGUGUCCUGGGAUGCCUCCGGCUUAAUUAAAUGCACCUUCAGAACGUACUUCUGUCAGUCUCCGUACUAGGAGGGUCAGGAAUCCGUUGGACCGUUAUGUCGGGCGGUCUUAUAGCUAUUCGUCGGAUCAAAUGUUGGGCGUUCUUGUCUUAUUUUUGGGGGGAAAGACCGCCUGCGAUUGAUCCUCGUGCUUCUCUGCCCCUGUUUGGACCCGAUUCAUUUCUUUGGGGGCUUUUGGUAACUGUGGGCUUGAGGCCCAUGCAUAUCAAUGCUUGGUCCAACAUUUGCCCCUUAGGCGCGGGAAGCGAUAGGUUUUCGCGGGUAAAUGAAAUUUUUCGACAUCA